AAAGUCCAGGAGUUGUACAGAGGGAGGAAAGUUCUGCAAAGGUACCCAGAAGAGGAGGCAGACAUAUAGAAGGGAGUAUUUUACCUAUCAAAUGAGAAGGUUGCAGAUCUGGAUGGAGCUUAACUGUUCCUGGUGGGAGAACAAGACCUACAAGAAGCCAAAGCAACAUGACUGACUUGAAAAGGUACAGGACUUGAUUCAAGGAUAUCUCAGCUUUAGAUCUGACUUUGCAACAGCAUUCAGCUUUUAGCUGCAGCGUGGGGAGAAUGAUAUGCAUACCUUUCAACAGAGCUUUGAGAUCAACUGCAGAAAGGUACUAGAAUAUGCACAAGGAAGAUUUCAGGAACAUGAUGGAAGAGAACAGAAACAGCAGUGACUCCUCCUCCUUCACUUACAGCAGCACCAUAAGUGCCAUACUGAUUACUGCCUACUCGGUUGCCUUUGCAGGAGGUGGGAUUGGGACCAUCAUAAUGUCGUUUGUGCUGGUCAAGAUGAACACUCUGUCUGUGACCACCACAGCUAUCAUAAACCUGGUUGUUGUGCACAGCCUUCUCCUCUUCACAGUGCCCUUCCGCCUGCACUACUAUGUCAACAAGAAGUGGGUGUUCAAGAUGCCAUUUUGCAAACUGGUGAGUGCAAUGGUGCACAUCCACAUGUACCUGACCUUCCUGUUCUAUGUGAUCACCCUGGUGAUCCGGUGGCUCAUCUUCUUUCAAUGGAAGGACAAGGUGGAGUUUUACAGGAAGCUGCAUGCCAUUGCAUCAAGUGCUGCCGUGUGGGUCUUCGUCAUGGUCUUUGUGGUACCAGUCCUGUACUUUGAGUACGGACGCUCAGGCUCAUACAAUGAUACGACAUGCUUUAAGUUCCACAACGAACUAAAGCAGGAUACUGUGAAAGCCCUGAACUACACUAUAAUUGCAGCUGUUGCCUGCAUUACUUGUGUCCUCUUGGCCCUGCAGAUUUUCAUCCUGGUAAAAGUGGCGAGAAAACUUUCCACCUCCCUCUGGUCACACCAAGAGUUCUGGGCCCAGGUGAAAAACCUGAUUUUCAUCUGCGUCAUCAUAAUUUGCUUCCUUCCCUAUCACCUCUUUAGGGCUUACUACAUACAGCACGUGAGUGAUUUUGACCAGUUAGAAAGCUACAAUGAAAUUUUUUUGAGCCUUACUGCCCUCAGCUGUCUGGACCUGCUCUCAUUCGUGCUGAGCGGAAGCCGCCUCUUCAAGCAAAACGUGGACAUGCUCCGCAGGAUGUUGUCUUGCUGCUAGCAUCAACCUCCUGCACUGUGCAUGGACCUGGACCUGGAUGAGCAUGCUGCUGGACAGGAUGGGCCUUGGAAACAGCAUAACACACUCGCCCAGGGCUCUGCCCACCUGCUCCCCCAAAUAAUGAGGUGAAACACAUCUGGUGUCUCAGCUGGUAAAUGGGGAAGUUACCUCUGGGCUUUCUUCUCUAUGCUUCCUAGUAAGUUGCAGAUGCACCUGGAGGAGUGGGAGGAAAGGGAACAGACUCUUCCUUCUUUUUGUCUGUACAUCAAAGGUUGUGAAGUCAAAGGCCACUCAAGGCCACUCAAGAAAAUUUGCUACGUAUAUAGAAACACAAAUAGAAAAGCAGGGGUUUUUUUAUGGAACAAGAUACAGAUUUCUGAAACAUUAAGAUCUACUUAUUUUCCUACAUAGAUUUCUUAUUUAUUCACCACAAGCUCUCAUAAAAAGGAGGGAGGCUAUUGUUCCUUCUGAGUAGGUUUGUUUCCUCACUCACUGUAAAUACAAGCAUAACUUCCUAAUUGAACUGAACAAUUAAACCAACUCUUUAAAAAACAAA